AUGGUUACCUUAUCAACGGUCGAGGUCAUCUUGGCCAUCUUUGGUGCCCUCACCUGCCUCCUCAUCAUCUCUAUCUGGAUUCGCCAAGCUAAGGAAGGCCAAGUCCUCUGGCUCGGAGUCGGCAUGUCGCUGUUACGAUGGACUUGCUACCUAUAUAGUAGUCUUCGGCGGAAACUUGGAGUCGUCAGUCCGCGCCUAAUGGAAGCCGUUGCAGAACAUGACCCGGUCGCUGUUAGGAUGGGGUCUCGUGGCUAUGGUGGCGGAGGAGGAGGAGGUGGGGUCGAGGUAGACAUGGCUGCAGGAUACAGUUUCACACGACGGUCGAUCAAGAGUUUUGCGGAUGUUUGGGGUAUGAUGCCGGUGUUUAUUGUGGUCCCCGUUGCGAUCAUAUGGUUGGUUAUCAAGACUUGUAUUCGGACCGUUUGUUGUGGGUCUUGUUUGUCUGGAAAUGACAGCAAGGCGCCGAUCUCGGACCAGAACCGCGCGGUGAUGGAAGAGGAGAUUCAAAGAAAGAUGAAGGCAAAAAAUGUCGAGGAUGUCUUUGAAGCGUGGCCAAAGUGGCCAAAACACAUGGAUGACGAUCCGUUGGCGAAUCAGUACCAGAACCAGGUAGCCGCCGAACCUUCCCACGAGUUGACCGAGAUCCGUGUGCAGUCUCCUCUUCCAGACGUCGGCUCAUCGCCGUCUCGUCCUACCUCGGGGUCCAUUGUCUCGGAGCAUCCUACUCUUGCGGCCAAGUUGCGAGUCACGCGUCUUGACCUGAACGACACCUACGAGGAGAGCUAUGGCUACGACAUCACCAAGCAGCGGAUUCGGUACCACAGAGACUCUUGGAGCCACAAGACCAAAGUCAUGAUGGCCGUGCACCAGCGGCUUCUUGGCGACAUUUUUUUCUGCAUUGUCAUCCCCGCGCUUGCCUUUAUCCCGUUGUAUAUUUUCCCUGCCCGGGAUCGUACCUAUGAUGUCUAUCCUUACCGCGGCGGAUGUCGUGUCACGAGCAACCGUGGCCAAGCUGAUUGGAUUCGCAUGGUUGUGCUUCUAACCCUGAACACAGUCAUUGCUGUCUUUGGAUUGCUUUUUGCGAUUCUUUCGAUCUUCCAGUUCAAGAAACAGAAUGGCGCUCUGAGCUUCAAGAUGAAGAGCCUAACCCCUUCACCCGCCGUCCUUCGCCUAUACAAGUCAACCGAGAUCGUCAAGAACAUCCUCCUCUUCUGUGUUGGCCUGAACACUAUCCUCACCCUCGGCCUCAUCAUCUAUCUCGGUCUAACAAUGUCAGCCUACAAACAAUUCACCGCGAAUGGAACCAGCCCCGAGCCUCAACAUCUUUUCAGGACUGCAGAACACGAUCCAGAUGUGACUCUUGUCAUUCUCGCCAUACUCCUCGUCGUUGUCACGUACUUGAAGACUUUUUGGAGCGACGACGUCAACAAGUCGGACGAGUGUCGGACCUGGGGACAGCGAGAUGACGAGGUUGGAGAGUGCCGCGUGACGGAUUUGAAUGAGGAUCUGGAGGAGGACACCGAGGGAAAGUCUGGCCGCAUAACGAUCGAAUUACCAACCAUCUCCAAACCCGACCAAGCAGCCCACCCCGAAGGAGGCCGGUCCACUGACUCUCCCACCACGACCACAACCACCACCUGGCUAUCCUCAGCACCCAUCAAGGCUGACGGUGCCUUCACAGCCAUCCCAUCCACCUCCAGUACUCUGACUUCAACCGCCACAACCCUUGUCUCCUACCCUCUCCCUGCCGCUUCACUGACACCCAAAGUCUCCAAGUCGACCCUUCGUAACUUGUCGAGCCCGGAACUGCUGGCGUAUACCCAGGGGCCGUUGCCGACGAUUCCAGAUCAGGUCUUCCCGGCGACGAGAGUUAAGGGACAGAGUUGUAAUAUUGGUUAUGCGACCUCGUCGAGGUGUGCUUCGCCUGCUUUUUCGCGGUCUCAGACGAUGGGUUCGGGAGUGGAAACCACGAGCCCGAGGGAUAGUCAGAAGGUGUCGUUGACUGCUGUUGGAAAGAGCCGUGAUCCUGUACAGACAGCUUCUUCGACUCUCCCAUAUAUCCCCCCUUCUACUGCUACCAACUCUCAACACACCCACACUUCAAUCGGGCCGCGCAUACUCCAGAACCAAGGAUCAUACCCAACCUCGGUCUCCAUCUGCGCCCCACCCUCCUCCUCCUCUUCCUCCUCCUCCUCCAGCCCCGCCUUUCUGCUGACCCACUCUAACAAGGGGAUCUCCCCUGCUGCUGCAGCAGCUACCGAGAUUGAUUUCGACUUUAACUACGACUGCGAACUUGGCUCCAACCUUGACGACCUGGACGAGGACAACUACGACAUGGAAACCAUGGGGGCCAUAUCCCUCGAAGAACUUGUAUUCGACGAACCCUCGACAGGUUACGAAUCCGUUCACCAGACAAUGAUGAUCCCCUCGGACAACCGCGCAAUGCUGGAGAAUAUUGUCCACCAUGUUCUCAUGGCCUCGACUCCACCCUCCGUCCCCUCCCACCACCGAACUACUACCACUACCACGUCCGUGCAGCCCGGUACGAGUAAACGAUCGACAAGUCGAGGACGUAUUAGUGGGCGUCGUCCUUCGGUGAUCCAGUACUCCAACUCGCCUUAUGGACAUGGGCAUAUCUCACGCGCAUCUAGUGGGCGCAGCAGUCGCAGGAGUGACGACACUCGUUACCCACACCACCACCCGCUGAAAGGGGCCUACUUCCAUCUAGUUUCAAAGGGGAUCAAUGUCAUCGACCUCUACGCAGACGCCGAUGACGACGAGUCUGCUGGGACCGGUUCUACGACUGGACACGACUUUUCUACUACCGCUACUACUACAGGGAGACCAAAGGCAUAUCACCACCGCAAGAAGAGUUCUACCAGCAGCACUCUUUACUUUGCUUCGUUCCAGCCACAUCCCUAUGGACAUGCACACUCUUACCAGCUGCGAGGGCUUGGUGGCAAGGGGAAGUACCUUAAUGCCGGCGGUGAUAGCGUGGGAGCUCCGACGAUUCUCGAGAACGAGCCACCCAGACCCGAUUCUCCCACCGAUCCGCGCGAUUCAUAA